AUGGCCAGCCCCGGGCCGCGCCGCUGCCGGCCGCCGACUCCCUCCGGCUCACAGGUCCAGCCUCCGUCCACUGGCGGCUCUCCCGCGCCCCCGACCCCGAAGCCCCAGAGUCGCCCCGCAGGCCCAGGCACGCCCCUGCGUGCGGAUGCCGGGCGCGCACGGAGCGGCCCCGGCCGCCUCAAGUCCCCCUUCUCCGUCGAGGCCAUCCUGGCUAGGCCCGACCCCGGCGCACCGGCCGCCUCCGGGUUGUCAGUCGCCGCCUAUGCAGCCCCGCGUCUCUGGCCCGCUCCCUCCCGGCCCCCGGGCCCGGUUCUGCCCUGGGCGUGCCCGGCGACCUGGCUGCCCGCCUACCUGGGCGUGGGUCUCUACCCGUUGUCUUCCCAGCCCUCAGUGCUGGGGCUGCGCGCGGCUCACUUCUGCAUCCUCCCAGGCCUCGGCGUCACAGGCUUGGAGCUGACUCACUGCCUAGGCCUCUGGGAUCACCCAGACUGGUCCCCAGCUGAGGAUCUUUAUGACACUGAUCAACAAAAAAGGGUUAGAACUAUGUUUAACUUGGAGCAACUGGUAGAGCUGGAGAAAGUGUUUUCAAAGCAGCACAAUCUGGUGGGGAAGAAGAGAGCCCAGCUGGCAGCCCGGCUCAAUCUUACGGAGAACCAGGUGAGGGUCUGGUUCCAAAACCGCAGGGUCAAAUAUCAGAAGCAGCAAAAGCUGAAACUGCCGGCCCCGUCUGCUGUAGCUGCCUCUCCGGACGAGCCCUCCAGCAGCUCUGACACCAAGACCCAGGGUGAAGACACCGAGUCAGGAAUAGACAGCUGAGGACUGGCCAGAGCCUCUACCCAGGCCCUCUGGGAUCAUUCUUCCUGGGGCACCUACUUGACCUCCGUGCUCACAUGUGGAUUUUACUUACCAAAGAGCCUUUCCAGACCCAAAGGGCACCAGAGGAAUCUGACCUGUCAAGGGACUCCCUUUUCUAAAUAGAUUCCUGGGAGGGUGGAGUAACGUAAUCAUCAGAGGCACAGACACUGACCUUCAGCUCUGUGUCCUUGGCCAAGUUACUGAACUUCUGAGCCUUUUUUCUCUCUGUAAUGGAUGUGCUAAUAACUUAUACCUUACGUGGGUGAGGUGAUGUCUGUGAAGCACUAAAAAUGUGCCAGGCCCAGUGUUAAAUGUGCAGCCACUGUUGAGGCUUUUCUUGGCCACCCUCACCUGGGGGAGUGCCCGUGCUGCACCAGCCCUUGUCUCCUCAGGGAUUCAUCUUCUCCUGGCCUGACUGUGGGGAAGGGGCCUCCUUGAAUCAGUGUUUGGGCAUAGAAGACUCUUUCCUACCAGGGCUGGUGGGGUCAAGAGCAAGGAGGACGCAAAGACAGACUAUUUAGCUCCCUUCUACUCAGUUUUUUAAAGUUUUCUUGUUUUACCUGGACUGUUACCACUCUUAGAAGGAGCUCAGGCCCCGCUGCCUUUUUUGAGCAAACAUGCUAUCCUGGUCACCCUACAGCUAACUGCCUCGACUCCCUCCCCAUCAUUAGAGAAAAUGGAGAGAUUUGACUGUCUUUGCCAAGGCUAGCAUUUUAUCAUAAACUUUUCACAAGAUGGUCAUUAUUUUCCCCCUUUCACGACCCUGACUCAUGGAUCCCAUUCCUUCCAAGGAAUCUGCUUGCUUUCUUCCUAAGAAGCCUGGCUGAUAGCUGACUUCUGUGAGGCCCACCACCAGCAUUUCCAGAGCUCCACACUUCUGGGCCAGUCUGUUUAGAGUAUUGACGCAGAAUCCGGAAUGGCUCCUCCUGGUAGAGGUGAAGAGGCAAGUCUCUAGUGGAAGGAGGCCUGCCCUGCCACCUAGUGGUAAGAGAGGGCAUCGUCCCCAGCUGCUCUCAGCGUUGCCCAUUCUGAAGAGGAAAGGCAGGGAGCGGUGGCCUUCAAAGUACCAUCUGGCCCCAAGGCAGUGGACCAUCCUCUCCUGGAUACCAGGUUGCAUACUUCAGGGGAAGCCGGAAUCCAGCUUCAAGAACGCUUCUCUGUCCUUGUCCUUCAGGGAAAUCCUUCCUAAUGCUGGACUUAAAGUCAACUCUAUUAAUCAGAGGAACCCAAUUGCACCUGCUUCUUCCAGAGAUGACUGGUUCAACUUUUUUUUUUCUCUCUUUGUAAAUAAAUAACCAGUUACCUAUUCAGCAGUUACUGGGCUCCACUUGACCCCCAGAUGUCACCAUGACACCACAGUAGAUGCUGAGACAGGUACCUUCUCAAGGGGCACAGAAUCAAUUGGGGGGCAAGGAAACACAAUAACAAGUCGUGGUGGCCAGGCCAGGGCACGUUGUGGGGACAGACGCUAUACCUCAGUGGUUUGCAGCGUUUUGGGGAUUCUGAAUGAGAGAACAGGCCUCUUCCCUGCUGUUCUCAGGAUAGUGUGCACACUCAACUCUGCAUACAAUUUCAGGAACCCUGGUGGUGUAGUGGUUAAGUGCUACAGCUGCUAAACAAAAGGUCAGCAGUUUGAAUCCACCAGGUGAAUCUUGGAAACUCUAUAGGGCAGUUCUACUCUGUCCUACAGGGUCUCUAUGAGUUGGAAUUGACUCGAAGGCCACGGGUUAUUUUUUUUCCCCCCAGAUCCCUUGAAGUCCACCAUGCAGACCUUCACCACCCCCCAGGCUGACACUGAAGAGUUCUGAGAGGCAAAAGUUAAGUUUGACCUUUCAUAGGGCUGUUUGCCCCACUGCCAAAUGGUUCAUAGGAUGGAUGGGCGGGGUCGGGAAGCCCCAGGGUGAGCUUUAGUUUGAGGGUCCACGGACUCGGACACAGAGACACAUCAAAGCAAUACAUGCACACACAGUCUCUGAUAUAGAGGGAGAUACUAGCCACGAAGACAGACGUAAAACUGCACGGGCAGAAAAGCACAAAGGCAUGCCCGGCUAGACACAACGAACCAAUCAACCUUACACAUAAAGACAAAAGGGACCUAAGUCGAAACGCAAACCCUCCUAGCCUGCGGGACAUUUGGGCCAGGGCUGGUGCCAGGGAGGGGCGGGGCCUCCCGGG